UAACAGUGCUAUUUGUGUUAAAAAGAAUAUAAAAAAUGGUUUGGUCAAGAAGUUUAGUAAGCAUUUCUCAGAAGAUAGUAUCAACUUUACAUUGUUCUCAUGGAUUGCUUAGAAGUUCAAAGAUUGGAUCUUCACUUCACUCAAAAUCCUUAUUAUUAACAAAUAAACCAAUGAUAAAACCAUUUUUAUUUAGAACAUUUGCCACAAAACAAACAGAAGGAGAUAGAGACCUUGUAAACUUCCUUAAAGAGGAGAUAUCUUAUGAACAAGAUAAUUUGUCCGAAUUGCCAAAAUUUAAAGACUUUAAGGUUCAAAUUUCAGGAACAGAAGUAAAACUAUUCAGAAAUCUAAAUAAUGAAAAAAUUGAGGUUGAGUUUGAUAUCAAUGAAAAUGUAAAUAUUGAUGAAGGUAUUUUAAAAGAAGAUGGAGAUGAAAGUGAAGAAAAUUCUGAAGAUCAUGAAAUAACAUCAUAUCCAUCAUUUUCUGUAAAAAUUACCAAACCAUCUGGUAAAGUAUUACAUUUUAAUUGUGUUUAUAAUACAAACCAUAAUGAAGAAUUAGAUGUGGAAAGUGAAGAAGAUGAGCAAUUUGAAUUGUUUCGCUUUGAAAAUGUCAAAGUAUACACAGACAGCGAAAAAAAUGUGUAUGAAGCAGAAACAGAAACAAUGGAUGGGGAUUUAUAUAGCAUGCUAAUGACGACAUUACUUGAACGAGGAGUCGACGGUGUUUUUGUUAACAGCCUUCUUGAUCUAAGUACUACGCUUGAACACAAACAAUAUAUAUCAUUUUUGCAGAGUUUACAAGACUUUGCUGCUGGAAAGUAAAUUAUAAAUCUGUAACGCGUCAGUUUUGUAUAAAAAUAUAUUCUUAA